AGAGAGACCAGGGUAGGCUGAAUAAGCUGUUUGUUUGUCCCUCUGUUGUCCACCCUGGCCUUGCCUGGUGCCUGGCGUCCAGGGUGAUUUCCCUUCACAAUGACCACUGCCACUCUUGCAUUAGUAUUUUCAUUGCUGUGAGGGCAGCACUCAAGGGUGUACGUGUGUUUAGUUGCUUGCUCCUCAACGGGCCUCAUUAUGCAGGGAAUGGGAAAGACCGAGAGAGGAGAGCAGGGCCGAGACAUCGACCUGACAUCGCUGAGAUCCACCAUGCCAGCCAGCGGCCCCCUUCAGGGUGGUUCCGCCUCCAACCUGAACAUGAACCUGUAUGCUACUAAGAAAACAGCAGCUGAAGGCAUGCUGGACAUUGCUUUGUUCCUGGCUAACAUUACACACAUGAAGACAGUCAUUGAACAGGGUGCAGGCUACAGGUAUUACGCCGCUGUUCUGACGCUCAUUUCCUUCUCCCUGGCUCUUCAGAUAGUGGCUGGAAUCCUGAUCAUCAUAAUCGCCCGCAGGGACCUUAACGUGGUGUCCAAUCAGAAACGACUCGACUACCUGAACAACGUUGCUACAGGCGUCAUCUUCGCCACCACAGUGAUUAACUUCUUCAUCAGCUUCUUCGGCUCCAAGAGGACCGGAUUCUUCCGCUGGCUGUUGGCUCGACUCCACUUUUGAGACACGCAAAACUAUGAAAAUAUAUCCAAGUCAUGCACAGACCCACCAACAUGCUUUGCAGCAGUAUUUAAUCUGAACAGUAGCAUGACACAUUGGCCUAAGAGGCUUCAGUUCACAUUCUGACAAAGUUAGAAAACAAUCCCAUGUGUUCAAACAUUGCAUCUUAAUUCCUAGUCAGACACUUGUCAAAUUUCUCACACUGUAAUCAAACUAAAAUAUUUUAACUUUAACCAACUGUCAUUUAAACAUGCAUGGUUUUAUUUGCUCCAAUGACAUGCUUGUGCAAAUAUUGUACUUUUUUAUUGUAGAUGUCUCUACUUUUUCUGUGCAUUUUACAUGUAUUCUUCCCUUGUUUUAUGUGCCUAAUCGGUAAAAGUGUAAAACUUGUUUUGAUUUUAAAUAUACAUCUUAUUUUAAAACAUGUUUGACAUCAGUAAAAAUAGAAAACAAAACAUGAAAUGGAUAAAUAUCUUUGUGAAUAAAAAGCUAAAUAAAACGAGUGAUUAAAAAGAAAGCUAUACUUGGCUUAUUGUAUUUUUACUGAACAUUGUUAUUUUGUAUCUAUACUAUUUUUUUG